UUACGCUGAAAAGCCAAUACCGGAAACUCUACGUGAAAACUUCCUGCACACAUACGCCAUAUAUUUUCCGUAAAAAUGUUGAUUAACGCCAUCAACUAAUCGAUUGUGUAAGUAAUGAUGACGGCAUUUUUGCAUUACACUCAUUAACUAGUAUAGUACAGAAUAUUAUAUUAUUUAACUGUCUUUUUCGAACCGGAAGUUGUCUUGUCCAUUGUCUGUUUUAAAACAUACCCAAGCUCCAUCCAUCCAUUACCUACCGCUUAUUCCCUUUAGGGGCGCGGGGAGCGCUGGUGCUUAUCUCAGCUAUAAUCGGGCAAAAGGCGGUGUACACCCUGGACAAGUCGCCACCUCAUCACAGGGCCAACACAGAUAGACAGACAACAUUCCCACUCACAUUCACACACUAGGGACCAUUUAGUGUUGCCCAUAGCCAAGCUGAGACAUGAAAAAGAGGUUCAACAUCAAUUUGGACGACUCUGCCUUCACUCGAGAGAGACCACCUCCAAAGCAUCAUUUCCAGCCAUCAUCAAAUGUGGUACAGAGCAGCGCUUCUUCCUCUCCAAAGAAGGACAAUCAUUUGUCCUAUGCACAAUAUAUCAUCAAGGAUAAAGAUGGCGGCGCCCUCAAAAGUACCAACCUGAGGCAAAAAGAACCGGAUUCAGUACCCUCUGUGGAAGAUAGGGGUGAGACUAGUGGAGGUGACGAGGUCAAGAAGAUCUUGGGCCAGGAAGGAAAUCAGAAGGAAGGACAUCUUGGUGCAAACCUUGGUCCCAAACCGGCGGGGUCCGGGAGUAGCAUUAUUGUCAGUCCCCGACAGAGGGGGAAUCCAAUUUUGAAGUUUGUGAGGAGUGUCCCGUGGGAGUUUGGAGAGGUUGUACCAGAUUAUGUCCUGGGCCAAACAACGUGUGCUCUCUUUCUCAGUCUGAGGUAUCACAAUCUGAAUCCCAAUUACAUUCACGACCGACUCAAGCAGCUCGGACACAGUUUCACCCUCAGAGUUUUGCUGGUUCAAGUGGAUGUGAAGGACCCUCAUCAUGCAUUGAAGGAGCUGGCUCGCAUCUGUAUCAUGGCGGACUGCACUCUUAUUUUAGCCUGGAGCCCAGAGGAGGCAGGACGUUACCUGGAAACAUACAAGUCCUACGAGAAGAAACCUGCCGAUCUUUUAAAGGAGCAAGUUGAAAAAGACUAUUUGUCAAAGGUAACAGACUGCCUGACCACCGUGAAGUCCAUAAACAAGACAGAUGCUAUUACACUGCUGUCAACCUUCUCUUCUUUGGAAGGAAUCAUCAGUGCUUCUAAAGAAGACCUGGUUCUCUGUCCCGGCCUUGGGCCACAAAAAGCAAGACGUCUCCACGAUGUGCUUCAUAAACCCUUCCUCAAAUCCAUGACGAAGUGUGAUAGUUGAAAAUAUGGAAUCACUAAAGUCACUGGCCUGAUUUUAACUGAAGUCAAGAAAAUAACAUGGACACAAUUAUUGCUGUCAAAAUAUAUAUUUUAUAAGUCGCUCCGGAGUAUAUGUCGCACCUGCCGAAAAUGUAUAAUAAAGGAGGAAAAAAACAUAUAUAAGUCG